AUGAUAACAAGAAAUUUAAUAAAAUCAAUUAAAAACACAAAUUAUCUAAAAGCAAAUAAUUUAUUAUUACAACAAUCACAACAAUUUUAUACAACCACAACUAAUAAUACUAAUAAUAGUAGCAAUAAAUCAAAUAAUGAACCAUUUAAUAGAUCAAAAAUAGAAUUAAAUUUAUUUCAAAAAGGAUUAUUAACAGUUGGUAGUGCAUUUGUAGCAUUUGCAAAUCCAGAGAGAGGUGAUAUGGUUGCUACUUUGGGUGAAGUUACUGGUGGAUGUGCAAUCAAAGCAAUGAAAGAGAAAAUGAUGAAGGAUCCAGUUGGAAGAGAAUUAUUAAGAGAUAAACCAAGAAUUAAAGAAUCAACAUACCCACAAAAUAUACACUUAUUACCAACCACCACAUUUGGAGGAUCCUAUUAUCAAUGGAUGAAGGCUCAUGGUUAUACUCCAGAUGAAAGAUGUGAGGUACGUAUGGUUGAAAACGAUGAUGAUGCAUAUGUCAUUCAACGUUACAGAGAAGUUCACGAUUUUUGGCAUGUUUUAGCAGGUAUUAGACCAGAUGUUCAAGGUGAAAUCGCUAUUAAAUGGUUUGAAUUAAUUCAAACUGGCUUACCAAUGACCGCUCUUAGUUCAUUAGUUGGUCCUCUUAGAUGUCCAUCUGGUGAACGUGCUGAACUCAUCAACCAUAUGAUACCCUGGGCAAUUAGAUCCUCAAAAAAUUGUAAAUUUUUAAUGAAUGUAAAAUAUGAGGAUCAUUGGGAAGAUGACAUCAACGAAUUCAGAAAAAUGUUAAAUUUUGAACCAUAUAAAUAUAUUGAUAAUUCAAACUAUAUCAAAACUAAAAAAUUUUAAUCAUUAAUAACAAAAAUAUAUUACAAAAAAAAAAAAAACAAAUAAAAUAAAAUAAAACACACAAACUAAAAAUAUCCAAAAAUAUUUAUUAAACU